CGAAGCUCAUCAUUUAUUCCACAACCUACGAUGCUAGCGUUGGUGGCGGAAGUUCAGGGCGCUCUGUCGGCCGAUGAGGAACGAGUGAAGGAUAUACCUGUUCGCGACUGCGAAGAAUUCCCUUCUGCCAAGUUGUUCCUGCAGUCUCGUCCUGCUGGCGUGUACACAUGCGCCAGAGCGAUAGCUUCGGUGGAAAUAUCGCCCGAGCUGUCCAAAGUGCUGGUAGAAUGGUCCUUCCACUUGCAACGGCUAUCAACAGGGAUCGCCACAGUGGACAACAACUUUAAUCAGGGUAGAUCGAAGUUGGACAAGUUAAAGAUGGCCACACAAUUACUGGCAACCACUGUGUUGACGCAAUGGCGAGCCAUAGAGACUGAGGAUGGAAUGCUAUCUGUGCUCUGGUAUCCGCUGCCAGAUAGCGACGACUACGGCGUAGCGGUGCAUAUCUGUCUGAUGCCUACGCCCAAGUGCCUUGCGUCAACGGUGUUGGUCUAUGGAGAGGGCCGGACCAACGCUCGAUGCAAACACACGCAGUGGAUUGAGGACCGCGUGCCCAUUGAAAAGCACGUGGUGCAGCUGGUGGAGACUCGAGGCGAGCCCAUCCAUGAGGUAUUACUGAGUAAGGCUGGGCCGGGAGGCGAUAGAUUGAUCCUGGAAGGACUGAUCACCAACUUCUUCGUUGUGAAGGGUGGGAAAUUAUACACGGCGGAUGAAGGAGUUUUGCAGGGCAGUACGAGGGAGCUGGUGUUGAAGGCAUGUCACGAUCUGUCAAUCCCAGUGGUUCUGGAGGCACCAAAGCUUUCGGAGCGCGAUUCGUGGCAGGCGGCCUUCGUAACAAGUACGCCAAAGUCUGCAUCUUCUGCCAAUCUAAUUUCCUGCUGA